CCACAGUUUGUAGGUACACCGUACAGCGUGAAUAUCGAUGAAAAUCUCCCUGCAGGAACCACUGUGGUAACAGUACAAGCGAGCGAUGAAGACGCUUCAGACGCUCUGAGCUACAGCUUAUCUGGAGUCAAUAGCAAUCAUUUUAGAAUAAGCUUAAGCACCGGAGUUAUCACCACAGCACAAGAGCUCAACAGAGAAAAUAUUAGUUCUUAUAUACUGAACGUGUCGGUAUCAGACGGCAAUGUGACUGUUGUUGAACGAAUAACUAUCACUGUGGAUAACGCAAACGACGCUCCCAUGUUUUCUAACACGCCUUACACUGUCAGUGUCGACGAAAACGUCAACAGUGGAAAUCUUUUCACUGUAAGUGCCUCAGACGAGGACGGGGAUGCCAUUUCGUUCACCUUAUAUGGGGUAGGAAGUGAGUUAUUUUCAGUGCAUUCCAGUAGUGGAGUCGUGUCUUUGGUUGAAGUACUUGAUUUUGAAUCUGUCAGCGGUUACACACUAACGGUCCGGGCUAGUGACAGUUAUGGAGGAGUGGCAGUUACGUCACUCUAUGUCAACGUUGUCAAUCAAAAUGAUGGCCCCGCCUUUGUGGGAACGCCUUAUAGUGCGAGCGUGAACGAGAACGUUGCAAUUGGUAGCACUGUCAUUUCUCUUACGGCGACUGAUCAAGACGGCGACUUUUUGACGUUCAAUCUAACCGGAAGUAAUGACUUUACCAUUGGUACAUCCAACGGAAUUAUAAAAACCAACCAGGUAUAUAUAUUCUAUCAUAAAAACUUUUCUAGAUGAUUAUGUAAAGGAAAACUGUAAACUGGGGUGGGUUAUUGUGUCUAGUUCAUUCUGACGAGUGUAUUUCGAUCGAGUAUCGUGAAACCAGACACAGUGUUUAUAACAGCCAGUUAGAAAUAUGGAUAUGCCAUAUGACGCUAAUAAGGACUUUAUGGGGAAUAGCGGUAAAUGCAGUUAAGCGAAGAAAAACGCCGGCGGUUAAACUGUCUGGUUUCAGUUUCUUGCAUUUUUUGAUGAGGGUUUUGCGAGUUUUUGAAACCAGUUAGGGAGUUUACUGCAGAAAAAAAGGAAAUCCCUUAUACUUUUUAACACUUAAAUAAAAGUUGCUUCAGAGUCUUCUUAUAACCAUACCUGGAAUCUGAAUUUGGGAUUUUCUUCAGUCUUUAAUCGAAAAGAUUUUUGUUGACGAUGCUUCUGACAAAAGUCAAAGAUCAAAUUGUUUUGAUUUUUAUCUACUUACUUUGGUUUUUUGUCAUUUAUGCCAGAAGUGUUUUAUCUAUUUGGCCAACCACCAUGUUAAACCGUAAUCGAUCAAACGUGACUCAUGUUCUUUCCCGCGUUUUGCCUGUGCCUGUUACAUGUUCUUUCUUUUGGUAGCCUCGCGUAGAUAUGUGUUUGCCAUCUCUUCUUACCAGGUUUUGGAUUAUGAAGCGAACAGCUCUUACUCCCUGACCGUGCGUGUUUCUGAUGGCUCGGCGAUAGUCUCUCAGCCGCUGACUAUUAGCAUCCGGGACGUGAAUGACCCUCCAGUAUUUACUGAUGCGCCUUACGCCGUGAACGUGAAUGAAAACGAGGUUGCAGGCGCAGUUUAUACAGUCAGCGCCACAGAUCAAGAUGCUGGUAAGUGUGUUAGGGAGGAUGAUACCUCUCGUUUGGUAUCUCUUGUGAGGGUUCAUGUGUUUGCAGCUUUUUCUUUUCAUACGCCAAAGAUGUAUGUGAGAUUGACCCGCUGUUGAUUAAGAGCGUUUGUUGAUUUACUAGCUCGAACCUCUUGACAUUUCUUUGAUACCUUGGAGCAUUAUACUUAAGUUACAAAAUUAAUUCAAAAUUAAUCUGAGAGCACGAGAGUUCUUGUAUUGUUGUCUAAAUGGAAAAAUACUCAGCAAAAAACAUCUAACGUGUGUUUCGGAGAUAUCAAUCAGACUGAACUGUGUGUGAACUUCUUUUUAUUCCAGUUGUUGACUUCUUUCUCUCAUUAGUGACGAAAAUGAACACUAAUUAUACGUACAUAAUUAGCCGUUAAUGUACUGAUUUCAUGACACCCUCCCGGGCCAAAAAAUGCCGAUCUAAUAUUUACACUGUCAAAAGGUAAUAGUAUUUAAAGUUCAUUAAGUUUAGAGAGUUCAUUUAUUUUUAUUGCAGCUCGUUGAUCACUAGUAUCUAAUUUCCCGGGUCUCGGCACCAGUUUCGGAGAUAUCAAUCAGACUGAACUGUGUGUGAACUUGUGUUUAUUCCAGUUAGUCAAAUACUUCUUUCUCUCAUUAGUGACGUACAUAAUUAAAGAUGAUGAUAUGAGAUUUUGGACUUCCUUUUUUUUAUUUAGGUGAUUCAGUUACAUUUCUGCUGGCUGGUCCAGGAAGUACUGACUUCUCCAUUCAUCUAACUAGCGGUGUUGUAUCAUUAAGUCAGGCGCUAGAUUACGAAUCACUUCCAUUCUAUUUGUUAACAGUCAUUGCCUCCGACACGAAUGGCGGUAUGGCUCAAACUAUACUCAAUGUGUCAGUUGUAGAUCAGAAUGACUCGCCUGCCUUCGUUGGUGCUCCAUUUGCAGCCCAAAUUGAUGAAAAUCAAGUCAGCGGUUCCACCGUGUUAAAACUUACUGCCACUGAUCAAGAUGCAGGUGAUUUGCUGACCUUCAGUAUCGCGGGUUCGGACCACUUCGCUUUAUCUUCAAGUGGGCGUAUUACGACCACCAAAAUCUUAGACUUUGAGUCUGUGAACACUUACACUCUGAGUAUCUCUGUCUCUGACGGUAAGACUUCUGUAACAGAAGCUAUAACCAUCUCAGUCCGUGACACAAAUGAUUCGCCAGUGUUUGUUAAUUCGCCUUCUGCUGUCACCUUACCCGAAAACAAUGCUAGCGCUGUCGUGAAUGCAAUGAGUGCCAUUGAUGACGACAGCGGUGAGAUACUGACAUUUUUCCUAUCAGGGAUAGGCAGUAGUGAUUUUUCCAUCCUGUCAUCUACUGGGUUAGUUUCACUUAGCAGAGCGUUAGAUUACGAGAGCAAGUCUAGUUACGUGUUAAACGUUAUUGUGCGUGAUGAAUACGGCGGUCAAGCGAGUUCUUCUUUGAGCGUUACGGUCUCUGACGAAAAUGAUGCCCCUAGUUUUGUUGGGACUCCGUACAGCGUGUCACUUGAUGAAGAUUUACCCGUAGGAACCAUAGUGUUGCAGGCUUCUGCAGUUGAUGAAGAUUCGUCCGAUAUCCUAGAAUACACCCUCUCUGGUGAUAACAGCACAGAUUUCAGCAUUGCUCAAAACAGUGGCAUGAUCACAACGGCUGUUAGUCUUGAUUACGAGUUAGUUAGCUCUUAUUCCCUAACAGUGUCUGUUACAGAUGGAAAAUCUUCAGUCUCGCAAGUGAUCACUAUUAGUAUUACGGAUGAAAAUGACUCACCUACCUUUGUAGCCGCGCCUUAUUCAGUCACAGUCGCAGAAAACACCACCACAAGCACACUGCUCACGGUGAGUGCCACUGACAAAGACAAGCCGGACAGCUUGAAUUUUCUACUUUUGGGAUUUGGCAGUGAAUUUUUUUCACUGCACCCAACAUCCGGGGUAUUGGCUUUAACUACGGCAUUGGAUCGCGAGGUGACAUCAUUAUAUACUUUAACUGUCUUUUUAUCUGACAAUAAUGGGGCAGUCACGACCACAUCAGUAUCUGUUUCUGUCUCGGAUGUCAAUGAUUCUCCCCAGUUUCUUGGCACACCUUAUGCAGCGACCGUCAGUGAGAAUCUUCCUAGCGGAAGUGACGUUAUAAAAAUUGCUGCAAACGAUGCAGACGGUGAUGCUUUGAGUUACAGUUUAUCAGGAACAGACAGCGGAUGUUUCAAGAUUUUUCCCUCUUCCGGUUUGAUUGAAACUUCAAAGGAGCUGGACUUUGAGGCAGUCAGUUCUUACUCUCUGACUGUAACUGUAAGUGACGGAAAAAUCAAUAUCUCCACGGAUCUUGCUAUCUCUGUCAUAAACGUAAACGAUGCACCUUACGUCACUAAUCUACCUGCCAACGUCAGUUUGUUCGAGAAUGACGUCACGGUUCCCGUGAUUGACGUCAAUGCAACAGAUCCCGACGGCGACAACAUCACUUUCAGCCUAAGUGGAAGCGGAAGUGACGACCUUGUCAUAAAUCCCGCCACAGGACGCAUAACCUUAAGCAAGCCGCUUAACUAUGAACUACAGGCGCUCUAUUCGUUGACAGUGAGGGUGUCUGAUGGGAUAGGAGGCGUGGCUGUAGCGUCAAUCACCGUCAUAGUUGUCGAUCAAAAUGACGUGCCUGUAAUCCUAGGCGCUCCACACACAACAAGCAUUGACGAGAAUGUGAAUGACGGAAUUGUGGUCUAUGAAGUCGCAGUCGUUGACGAAGAUACCGAGGAUUCUUUUACCUUCAGUAUAUCAGGGAAAAACAGUAACCAUUUUGCAAUUUCAGCCGCUGGAGUCAUAACCUCAACUCAGAAGCUGGAUUUUGAGGCUGUUUCUUUGUAUACUCUUAUUAUAACCGUCUAUGAUGGCACAGAAACUGUCAACACAACAAUGACAAUCUCCGUCGUGGAUAGCAAUGACCCGCCCCAGAUCCUCAACGGCCCGUACACGGUCACUGUGGAUGAGAACGAUGGUAGUGCUACUGUGGUCAAUGUUACUGCGGUGGACUUCGACAGUGGUGAGUCUCAUAUUUCGUUGUACAAACGUAUAACCGUUACGAAGAAAAACUGAACAUCGCCUUCUUGAUGACAUGGCUAUGUUCGACGCUUAACCUGAAAUUUCUUUAAUAUCCACAAAAAACCCAUAGCUCUGCCCUGAUUGAUGACAUCCUUCUGUAGCCUUCUUCUCAGUUUGAUGGCCAGAGCUUGGGUGGGAAAGGCAAGCCAUUUGCUUCUUUCUGGAAAGGAUAGUAGUCCAUCGUGGGCAACUCUUUGCGCGAAUACCUAAGAAUUCACGAGCAUUAUUUAUACUCUUUAAUUGAGUAAGGCGGAGAGCGAGUUUAUCCUUCUUAGCUCCUAUGAGUGAUCAAAAAAAAAUUUUUUUCCUCACAAUAUCAACACAAGAUCAGGCUUACAAGUAAUGAGAAUAUAUUAAUAUCAAUUACGGGAUUAUCAGUUGAUCUAAUGCCAGAUUUUCAAGUCUAAGGGCUCAAGAAGUGUCUAGCAGACAGUAAGCAGAAUUGCCAAUGAGAUCUUGGGAGUGAAAGGGUUUAGUGCGUUUCGUAAAACAUAUGUACAGUGACUCAUUGGAGGUUCAGACCGUGGGCCCAUUUCUUCAGUAAAUGUUCUGUAAAUUACCGGUACCGUGAAAACCAAUCAGAAUGGAUCGUUGCUUUUUGUUUUUAGCUCAACCUACUGUUUGUAAGAUUUUUAAACAUGGUUUUUAAACCAUUCAAAUUAACAGGAAUUUUGAGAAACAGGCCCUUAACUGCAAGAUCCUUAUGCCAAUGCACUCAUUAUUUCUUGUGUGAAAUUUCCUUAGGUCCAGCCGAUUUGCUGACCUUUUUUAUGCAUGGUGCUGGUAGCAACUACUUGUCCAUCCACCCAACCACAGGAGUAGUAAGCCUCUCACAAGCCUUAGACUUUGAACAAGUCCCCCAGAUUAUAAUGACAGUGGAAGCCAGGGAUGGCCGCGGGGGAUUGGCCGCGACCAGUUUGACUGUUAAUGUAAAUGACAGAAACGAUGCACCUGCAUUCCAGGGAACCCCGUUCAGUGUUGCUAUCAACGAAAAUGUCCCGUAUCGUUCAACUGUGGUCCAAAUCACAGCUACUGAUCCAGAUAGCAGUGAUACCCUCAAUUACACGCUAUCGGGAACAAACAGCUCUUAUUUCCAGAUCUCUUCUGCGACUGGUCUGAUACUGACCGCGCGAGAAUUGGAUUACGAAGAUGUGAAUUAUUUCUUUCUCACUGUAAGUGUUAGUGACGGGAAGACGACAGUUACCCAACCGCUGACCGUCACAAUCACUGACACAAACGAUUUACCCAUGUUUUUAAAUGCCCCUUACUCAGUGCAAAUCAACGAAAAUGUCAUCUACAGUUCCAUUAUCUGGGCAAACGCCACGGACCCUGAUAACGACACAUUGCGUUUCACGCUUUCUGGAUCACGAAGCUCACAAUUCACGAUUCACGGAUUGACUGGCUUAGUCUCCCUAACCGAAACGCUGAACUUUGAAGAAUUCACUACGUUCGUGUUGACACUAACGUGUCAGACGGAAAAGGUGGUGUGAGUGAUACCACACUGACUGUCGAGGUCAUUGACCAUAAUGAUCCGCCUACCUUCGUUAACACUCCAUUCAGUGCGGUAAUCGAUGAAAACAUCGAUAUUGGAACACAAAUUAUCCAAGCGUCAGCUACUGACGAAGACAAGAACUCCUCUCUCACGUAUUCGCUCACUGGAGCCAACAGCUCGGUUUUUACGAUUUCCGUAACAGGUAUCAUAUCUACGAUAGGGGUGAUCGACUUCGAAAGCCGCAGUUUGUACUCAUUGACUAUCUGGGUGGGGGACGGUGCCUCAACUGUGAGCACUCCUCUGACGGUGGCCAUCAAUGAUAUCAAUGAUAUGCCAGUGUUCACCAACACAUCCUACACUUUAUCACUGAAGGAACGAACCGGUGCAUCAGUCAGCAUUUUGCAGGUCUCUGCUAGCGAUCAAGACGGAGACAAUAUUGCAUAUACCUUCGUAGGAAUCACUAGCUCAGAUUUUACCAUAAACAGUGCAAAUGGUGUCAUAGCUACAUCUGUCGUUCUGGAUUACGAGAGAACACCUUCCUACGUCCUUAACGCGCAAGCAGAUGAUGGAAACGGCGGAAAGACCUUGUCCAAUGUCAUAGUAAAUGUUAUUGACCUUAAUGAUGAAACACCAUUAUUCAAUAGUGCCUCUUACAACAGUCACGUGACAGAAAACGCUUUGAUUGGCUCAUCUGUUAUGACAGUGACUGCGUCAGACGAAGACGCUGCUGACAGCGCGCUGGCUUAUGAACUGUCAGGAACAAACAGCUCUCACUUUACUGUGACAAGCAACGGUUUGAUACAAACAGGGAGAGACAUUGACUUCGAGAGUGUCCAGGGCUACUCGCUAACUCUAACAGCCGCAGACAGUGCGAAUAACACAGGCACAACUGUUAUAAUAAUUACAGUGGUGAAUGUGAAUGAUAAUGAUCCAGUUUUUAGCGCUGCAACGCUCAGUGUAGAUGUGUCGGAAGGCAGUGCUCCUGGUACGAGUGUCGCCCAGUUAACAGCAACUGACGGUGACCUUGAGGACACUAUAACAUACGCAUUGUCAGGUAAAGUAUCUUUUAAUCAUUACUAGUACCUUAUGAUGUUAGUACAUUUAGCUUUGUUACACACGGACGAGUCUUUUUUCUUUUGUUUAAUGCUCCCAUAAUGCUGUUAAUUAUACUCAUUAAAAUUUCCUUACAUGUGAGUGGUGGAUGAAUGCCUCAUUUUUCGCUAAUGAUUCUGUCCAGUUGUAAUCGGCCCAGUAUAAUCGAGUAUUUGGAUUAAAUCGGACAGUUACAUCAGCUAGUCACUUUGGGAAUACUCAAAUGAAUCCACCAAUAAAACAAUUAAUCAAAGUGACCAUAGCAAUGGCAUAUCAUCCCAAUCUAAAGAUUUCCCAAAACAAAGGAAGCUGUUUCUAGAGUUUUUCGGUGUGUUUUUGUCGAAGAUUAUAGUGGUUUAUUGUUGAAAGAUUAGAAUAACAGACCUUUUUUUAAUCAAUACAUUUUUUUUAAACUUGGAAAUUAAAAUGGUUUAUAGUUGAUCUUCCAAUUCGGUAGGUGGUCAUAAUCGUGAUAAAAAAGAGAAUCGAUCGGUUGUUUUCCCUCAGCUUUUAGCUGCAUAAGCAAUUUGUCGAACUGAAGGAAGUGAAGCUUACUUUCGAUGACGUGCAUACUUGAAACAUAACUCAGUAUUAGUUUUAAUGUUACUAAAUCUACCCUGACAUAGGAUCUGACAGUGUCAACUUUGCUGUCAAUGAAAAUACUGGAGUUGUCUCCACUAUUGCCCUACUGGAUCGUGAAUCCCAAGAUUUUUAUUCCCUGACUCUCACUGCCACGGAUUCUGGGGGUCUUUACUCAAUGGCUACAAUUAACGUCACAGUCACUGACGUCAACGAUAACACUCCCGUAUGUGCAGAGGCCGUCUACGCAGCUUCAGUGGCAGAAAACGUAGCUGUUGCUUCUUCUUUGGUAACGGUAUCAUGUUCUGACCUGGACGCGGGCUCAAACGGAGAGGUUUGUAACCUUGCUGCUCUAUCAAUUUUAUCCAUUCUUCUUGCCUCAGGCUGCCCUUUUCUCUUUGUGCACCAUUGCAUACGAAUCUCGUGGGUUGAUUUUUCUUAUAAUUGUUUUUAAUAAAAGCGGGUGCAGAAGUCUACGGGUCGUGCUGGUGAGAGAAAUUUUAAGUUACACAAUUGAUUAGUAAACUCUCUCCUAAGUUUCACAAAAGCAGCAAUGUUUGAAAGCAUUUUGAUUUUUUCUCUGUCUUCAGGUGACUUACAGUAUUUUGUCGGGAGAUGGCGGAGUCUUUGUAGUGAACUCUUUAACUGGCGUAAUAAGUGUCAGUGCUUCUCCAGAUUAUGAGUCGUUACAAGAGUACUUACUGACUAUACAGGCCACAGACGCUGAUUCGCUGCCGCUGACCUCCAUUACCACGGUAGUCCUUACAAUUACAGGAGUCAAUGAAUUUAUUCCUCACUUUAUCCCUAAUAACUCUUACAUCGUCACGGCUGCAGAGAGCUUGGCGCUAGGACAUAACUUGAUCACUGUGUCGGCCAAUGACGCAGAUGCUGGUUCCCAAGGCGAGGUUACUUACACCAUAAGUACAGGAGAUACAUACGGGAAUUUCGUGAUUGAUAGUCACACUGGAGUCAUUGAAUUGGUUUCUAGUUUAGAUCACGAGGCUAGUUCUCAGAUCACUCUCACGGUGACUGCCACUGACAGCGAUUCAGCGAGUCCGCUCAGUGCCCAGGCAACCGUGACAGUGAAUGUGGUCGACGUGAAUGACAAUCACCCAGAAUGCCUUCCGACAUUGCUAGCACCCGCAGUACUAGAGUCAGCUGUUUCUGGCGAUGUUGUGGCCACCCUUAAUUGCAGCGAUCCAGACAGUGGAGGCAAUGGAGAAUUAUUUUAUACCAUCUCAGUAGGAAACUCAGAUGGUGAGAUUACGAAUACUGAACAAAUUAUGGAAAUGUUGUGAACUUCGUAAAUCUGAUGUCGAAAAUUGUCUUUUCUGAAGGUUUUUAAACCUUUUCCAUCGAAGAGGCUUUUCUUUGCAACUCGUUCAAACUAAACGAGAAUUUUUCAGGAUAUUAAAGAUGUUUAUGUUAUGGCCAUAACGAAACUGUCUACUGCCUUUAGAUAAUUUUACCUUAAUAGAUUGUUUCGUAAAGCUGUGCUGUUUUUUUCUCCCUCAGGAAGAUUCAAUAUUUCAAAUGCAGGCAAAGUGAGCGUGACAGACAUUUUAGAUUACGAGACAGUCACGUCAUACUACCUGGUAAUCACCGUCACAGAUGGAGGUGUCCCUCCUUUGUCAACUGAGGUUUCUGUCGCGAUAUCUGUGUCUCCCGUCAACGAGUAUGCCCCAGUCUUCGUCAGCAGUGGCAGCUAUUCGGUCUCAGUCCCUGAAGAUACAGACCUCGGCAUGGAGCUCAUUCGUGUUACGGCAAACGACGGGGAUGACUCAAGUCAUGCGCACGGAAGAGUAAUUUACUCCAUCAUUUCCGGAGAUACCGGAUUCUUUUUCUUCAUAUCUGCUGACAGUGGGGCGAUACAGCUCGCAAGGAGCCUGGAUCGAGAAGUAGAGUCAUCCUAUGUCCUUAUAGUCAAGGCUACCGAUGGAGAAAAUGACGUGAAUGCCACAGUGUCAAUCACUGUCACAGACUCCAACGACAACCAACCCAUUUGUAGCCCUUCCUCGUAUAGUGCUGCAGUCAGUGAAGAUGUGGGGCUGGGAACUAGUAUAUUGAUUAUCACAUGCUCUGAUGACGAUGAAGGGAAUAACGGGCUAUUAAUUUACAGGUGAUGGUUUCUCACGUGUUUACUUAUCCACCAUGUACUCAUUGACUGAGUGAGAGGACAGGGAAGAUGUUUAGCUCGAAGUUACAAUGUACGAACCGAGCGCAGCGAGGUCCGUACGUCAUGACCGAGAGCCAAAUAUUUCCCAUCAAGCCCGACCUAACUCAGUUAAUUAUAAAAAGAAUUUUAUCGUAUGGCCGUUGCUUUCCCUUUUUCCUCCUUUCUCCUUUUAGCUAGCAUCUAACAGCCAUCAUACGAAGAAUUUUGUCUAACAUUUCUCAUUCCAAAUGCGGGACCUAACGGGUCAUAUAAUAGUACAAUUAUUUAUGACCAACUGUUAAUCAAAAUUCAUCAGAUUGUGUGUUACACUUGCCUUUCGCGAGCCACUGUCCUCUUCUUUCGCGGAUGCAAUCCCGCAGCUCUAUGUGGUGUUUCAAAUGUCAACUGAGCGUUGAAUAUUUUUGUUCUUUGUAUCUUUAUAGUAUCAUAUCCGGGAACACUAACAGUAGCUUCACCAUGGACUCUAACGGCACCCUGUUUACAGUCGCGUGGUUAGACUACGAGACCACGCCCACUUUCACAUUGUCAGUUCGUGCAAGUGACUCGAGCAGUCCGUCAUCAUCUCAAAAAUCCACUUUUAUGGAAAUAAGUAUUGAUGUUAUUGCAGUGAAUGAGCAUGAGCCCUUGUUUGCCUUUGCUCAGUAUGUUACGAGCGUAACUGAGGACACGGCCGUGGGAACUUCAAUUAUCAGGGUAACGGCUACGGAUCAAGAUUACGGACUGCAAGGUAAUCCCCGAUGUCUUUGUUAAAAAGUUCUACGAAAUGAUAGCAUAGGAUAUUUGCGCAGCAGAAUACUAACUUCAACUUGAAGAAUAAAACACAAUGGUAGUUUUGUAAGAUAGAAAAAUACAAGAGAGGGUUGAGGACUCUAGAAGCAUCAAGGAUGGCUAAGAAUAGAGAAAAUUUUCUCGUACAAUGAUCGUCAAAUGUUCGUGAAACGAAUUGUUCCCGAAAGACCGCUAAAUAGAUUUUGAUUGGUUCCGAUGUUAUUCUUUUUGUUAUACUUAGUUACUAUCGUGAGCCUGUACGAUAGCAAAGUGAGUAUGCGCAGUAGUCCCAAAUAAUUGAACUUGAAAAAUCGAAAUACCAUUUUGUAAGAGAUAUUUAAGAGGUAGGUAUGUUGCAUACCUGACUGAAGGUUAAUCAACUUAUCGAAUACCAAGAGCAUCCUGAUGCAUACUCAGUUCAAAUAUGAGUUUUACUGAGUCAGACAUUUUUAAAUGCUGUCUUAGGAGAUGUUAGUUACACCCUGACACCGUUAUCAGAACCGUUCUAUAUCGACACUAACAGUGGUGUGAUUCGUGUGAAGACCAGCCUUGACAGGGAGAAUGUCGAUACCUACAUUUUGACAGUCACCGCCACUGACAGGGACCGCAACAUAGCCGAUCGUAGAUCAUCGUCCGUGAAUGUCACUGUUACUUUGACUGAUGUUAAUGACAAUGAUCCUGUGUUUUUUCCUGAUCAUUAUAAAGUAAGUGUAUUAAAAUUCAUCAAAAUGUAAGGUUUAUAAAUGCAAGAUUUUGUCCUGGUUUCUGUCGUACGAGGCAACUGAUUGAUUCGUACUUUUACUGAGAAUAACCCUUUGAUACAGGUUGAAUUUUAUGAAAAUACCACAGCCGGUUCCAGUAUCACUCAACUGCAAUGCACCGAUCAGGACCUGGGCACUAACUCAGCCCUUGUGUACAGCAUAACCGAUGGUGACCCGGAUGGUUUUUUUAACAUUUCCUCUGGCACUGGUCGAAUAACCUCAGCUAAAAAACUCGACUUUGAAGACGCCCAAUCAUAUUCCUUGACUGUUGAGGUAAGUGACAGUAGUUCACCAUUCAACUCGCGACACACGUCUGUAUCUCAUGUUGAUGUCAUAGUGACUCCACUAAAUGAACACGCGCCUGUGUUUAGCCAGUCGUCGUAUGACGUCACCAUCUCGGAAAAUACGGCGAUUGGUGCUUCAGUUCUGUCAGUUACUGCUACAGAUGGUGAUUCUGGCUCGCAAGGGGAGUUGAGUUUUGCUCUGUCCAGCGGCUCGCCAUUUUACAUCGACAAGAUCAGCGGCGUCAUAAGAUUACAACAGGAGUUGGACUUCGAAGCUGUGACGUCAUAUUCUUUAUCGGUGACAGCAACUGACGGAGAUUUAAAUUCCCCUAAAUCGUCAGUUGUUAACAUAACCGUAAAGUUGCGUGAUGACAAUGAUAACGCACCAAAGUUUAGUCCCGUCCUGUAUAGCGUGACAAUCACUGAAGAUACGGCCGUUUUUACUAACAUCUUGAAUCUGACAUGCGCGGAUGCCGAUUCUGGUACGAAUGGACAAUUUCAUUUGGCAAUAACAUCAGGUAAAUAACUACUUACAUAUUUCAGCGCAAAACUUAUUGCUCGUAAACUAACUAACCUUAGAUGCAUUAGAGGUCUGUAGCACUUCAUGGCCGAUGAUCCAAUAAAUGCUUUGGAGGGGGGGGGGGACACGCAUGUCAUCUGGUCGUGAUUGGUUUGAAUCUGACCUCUCAAUGGCUCUUAGUAAGGCACAAAUCGGAGCCGAUUUUCAUAUCAAAUUCAAACCCCAGACAAUGAAGGAUUAUCUUUUUAAACUUAGUAAACAAUUUUCCUAUGUUUUUCUUCCUCACUCCCUAAGGGAAUGCUGGUACAGGAUUCUCCAUCUCAGACGAGGGAUUUCUAAGUGUUGCCUCUUCUCUAGAUGCAGAAACAGCUUCUUUCUAUUCUCUUGAGAUCACCGCAACAGACCGGCACCCAAGCCAGCCGCUCUCCAACACAGCAAAAGUAGCGGUUACCGUUACUGGUAAGAAAGGUCAUCUCGUUAUUUACAAUGGCACUUUUCAAAUAACCGAGGGAGUACGAGCUAGCUGUUUGAAUUUUUAAAUUCUUGACUUGUUGAUCUGCUGAGUUAUGUUAAAUGAAGUUGAAGUGAAAGUGAAAUAUUAGUUAUACCCGGAUACAUUAAAUCUGCAAUACCCUUUUUUUCUUCUCUCUCCCCUAGAAAUAUAAAUUUUUUUUCAUCGCCGUUAGCUCUAUCUUUAAUCGUAAUUUGGAAAGCACCUUUUCCUUUUCUUUUUUCUAGAUGCAAACGAACACUCUCCGCAAUUUACAAAUGGCGGAUCGUACAUCGCCCUGUUGGCAGAGAAUGUUGGUGUAGGAGCAUUAGUUUCCAGUGUUUCAGCGUCUGAUCUUGACAUCGGCUCUGCAUAUGGCGUUGUUACUUACGCAAUCACAUCCGGAAAUACCAAUGAUGUCUUUGCGAUCAGGCCGACUGAUGGUAUGGUUUUUGUGAAGCGUUCGCUUGACAGGGAGACAACAAGCUCUUACAGUCUUACAAUUAAAGCCAGUGAUCAAGAUCCAGUUUCUCCCUUGUCAUCCACAGCCACGCUUCAAGUUACUCUCACGGACACCAAUGACAACGCACCUAUAUGCAAUCCUUGCAUUUACGGAGCAUCCAUCAAAGAGUCUGUUGCCAUAGGGACAAUAGUUAUUCAGUUAAACUGUUCGGACGCAGAUCUUAAGCCGAAUGCGAUCAGUGGGUACACAAUAACUACUGGUUAGUAUCAAUACAGAACUUCAAACGUUGACAAUCUCGCACUCUGAUUUGUUUUCCUGAAUGGGUUUGCUGCUUAUAACUAACGCAACGUAACGUAACGGUCGCUGAUUUUUCCUUUUACGAUAGGGUCCUUAUCUUGCUACCGGGUUGUGCCGCUUACCUCGAAAGAUACAUGUUAGAAUUUUCCUUAGAACAAGGAAAAAUCUUGGUUGAUAUUCUGGGCAUUCAAGUUCAUGAAUUCUAGACCCUGCUGAGAAGAGCACAAGAAAAUAUUGAGGAAUGAAAAUAGCCUUGUUGUAUUUUCCCAAAUAUUUGUAUUAUUGUAAGAAACACUCUAGAUACAUAAAGAAACGUGCCAUAAACAAUGAAUCACCAUGGUUUUCGUUCUCUAGUUCUUAAAAUUGCUUCUGGAAAUUGUUGUUUAAGUCAAUUAUUGUUUUGGAUAGAUGCUCUUCGUCGUAUUUAAUCGAAUCAUUCUUCACUGUUUAUGUGAAGUUCAUUGAUAAAGACAAUACAUGCAGUUUAUGAGGAUUAAGGAGUUGUUCGAUUUGAUCGUUUAGUUAAAUAAUUUUUUUUAGAGUAAAAAUCCUUUUUAGAGCAAGUCAACUUCGAAGUAGUCCCAUGUAAGUGGUUGUCAAGGCCUAUGGUCGUUAAGUUCGAUAUAUGCAUAAUGGCCUUAAUUUGAUGAAGUAUUUAUUUCGUAUAUCUAACAUUUGCUGCUGUUCUUCUGACUGCAUAGCUGUACGUUUUCCUUUCAGGGAAUACGACUGCCUUUGGUGUGAACGGAGAUGGUCUAGUCACGACACUCGUCACUCUAGACUUUGAGGCUAUUAAGUCCUACCUGCUCGUGAUCACGGUAUCUGAUGGCGGCUCGCCCAAGCUCACCACCAACGUAACUGUCAGUAUCCAGGUCACCGGAGUAAAUGAGUUUUCGCCUGUGUUUAGUAACUCGACAUAUGCAGUCAGCCACUCAGAGGUUAGUUAAAGAUACUUAUCUGUUUUGUAUGGAUUAUAAAAACUCAAUUUUUUUCUCUAAGGGAUAGGGGAUGGCCUUAUGUCCGCAUAAUACACAAAUGUCCUAAUUUAUGUUUUGAACGGUCGUUAUAGGACAUUAUCUUUGGCACCACUAUCACAUCAGUGACAGCCACUGACCGAGACCACGGACCUGAUGGCUCUGUCCUCUUCUCUUUAAUCGAUGGCGACUCCGAAGGGAGAUUUCAAAUCGAUCCUAAAUCGGGCGUAAUCGAACUAAGAAAACAGCUAGAUCGUGAAACGAAGGAAAUGUAUUCUUUGAUCAUUCGAGCCACUGACCAAGGUGUUCCAAGCUUGUCAAGUACAGCGACAGUUCAUGUUGAAUUACUUGAUGUCAAUGAUAAUCCACCACUUUGUAACAAUUCCUCUUACGUCAUCGAAGUGGCAGAGAACUUCACGGUCAAUGGGACGGUACUGAAACUGCAAUGUAGUGACGCUGACGUUGGAGAAAAUUCUGUUGUUUCAUGCAAUAUAUCUUCAGGUAAAGCCUCCGUUGUUCAUACCUUGAAUUGGAACAGUGGAAAAUCAAAUUGAUUUCAAUUAAAUUUUAACUCUUUUUUUUCUUUUGCUGUUAGUUGGUAAUUGGUUCGACUUCUUAGGCGACGCAACCAGGAUAUCAUGUGCAUGCCAUCAAUACAGGGAUUUGUAGCAGCAUGGUCUCGAAAAACUCGACUUGUACUGUUAAACGCUUAUGUUUCCAACUUCACAUUGCGAGGCCGUAUAGGCCUAACCACCCAAAGCUGUAAGGACUCACUCAAACCUGAUCAUCACGUUUUUUAUUUGUCGACCUACCCAUAGUGUUCCUAUAACUUCUUGUAGGUGGAGAACAUAUGUUGAGGCCUAAUAGUAAUGCCUUUUCUUUAUUCCCAGGAAACACAAAUUCUACAUUUAGUGUUGAUUCGAACACAGGGAUCCUAUCCUUGUCAGCUACCCUAAACCUGGAGUCACAGGCAUACUUCGAUUUGAUCAUCGCUGUUAGCGAUAAUGGAUCUCCACAACUCUCUACUCAGGUCACUGCGUAUAUUGUGAUUACAGCCGUUAAUGAAUUCGCUCCAAUAUUCACUCGGAAUGGCUUCUACAAUUUAUCUGUUCCCGAGGAUACCCCUGUUGGUACCAGUUUGGUAACAGUGCAGGCUCAAGACGAGGACAGCGGUAAACAAGGCAUGGUUUUCUAUUCCUUAUCGAUUGGUAAUGAGGACGGUAUGUUCCUUCUUGAUCCAAACCUUGGGAAUUUGAUCCUAAGGAAGCCAUUGGACCGUGAGGCACGUUCUCGGUAUAGCUUGACGGUGCGCGCGUCUGACAACGCUCCCGCGCCCUUAACGAAAUGGAGCCUUGCGAUCGUGAACAUAACUAUUUCGGACCUCAACGAUAACCCGCCUUCGUGCUUCCAAAGUGCAGUGGUAGUUUCUUUGUUGGAGUCCACAGUUGUAGGGACUGUGAUUUUCACUGCAAACUGUACAGAUGUAGACUCCUUUUCGAUUCUUUCUUAUCAAAUAACUCAGGGGAACAACAAAGGAAAUUUCAAUGUGUCUUCCUCAUCUGAAGUGAGACUCAACAGGUCACUUGACAUCGAGGAUGAGUCAUUAUUCAGUCUGCUGCUGACUGUUUCUGAUUCCGGCUCACCCGUGAAACAUGCGUACAUCUCAUUGACGGUGAAAGUACUUCCGGUGAAUGAACAUAAGCCAACGUUUGUUGCCAAUGACCAGCUGUAUAAUCUGGAUGUCUUGGAAAAUAUCACAUUAGGUGGGUUAAAAAUGUCGUUCGUAUCUUCCAUAAAAAAGUUUUCCUAGACAAAUCUUUUCUGUUUAUUGAACAGAAAAACUAAUAUUUGUUGAAAACACCAAUAAUCUUUUUCUUCAUAAGGAACUGUCGUUUUUCAAGCCCAAGUGAUCGACAAUGACUCAGGAGUUCACGGAGACCUGCGGUACGUUCUUGUCAGCGGCAACGAAGACAACAAAUUCUAUUUGGACGAGGAACAGGGAAGACUGGUACUAGUCAAGGGUUUAGACAGAGAGACCACUGACCAGUAUAACAUUAGUCUCAGGGUAGAGGACAGUCCAUUGAGUUCCCCGGAUGUUAAGUGUUCCAAUGUGACAGUGUACAUUUCAGUUUCAGAUGUAAAUGAUAACCCACCUGUGUGUACACCAGCUUUAUUUGCCGAAGAAAUUUUAGAAGGUAGGUGGAAAAUAAGUGUAGAAAGUGACAGAAAAUGAUUGUAUUGAUCAAUUUAACAACAACUUGGUUUCUGUCUUGUGAUGGUUGAUGAAGACAAACUCGAAUUAACUAUCACGCAUAGAAAUUGAGAGCAAAUGAUCAAACUCUAUCCGAAAAUAAAUUUUCAAAGAAAUUUAACACAAUCUGUUUUGAUACUAAAGCAAACUGUUAGAGUAAUCACUUUCCUCACUGUCUAUAACAGAAAAGAUAGCCCGCAGUAGCGUGACCAGUCAGACAUCAGCAUUUUUGAUAGGCCGCUAUUAGAUUUACACAAGAUAACAAUUAAACUUAGCCACUUGAAAAAGUAAGAAGUGGCCACAAUGUUGCCCGUUCAACAAAAGCACCAUUUCCUGAAAACACCAGAUUUCGUAGCAAACUUUGAAAAGUGUUUUGAACAAUGAAGUUCACAUCUACACUAUUUCCCAGACAGGUUUCGUUGUCAAGGCAUCUACCAGAACAAAGUUAUCUUUACAAAGAUUUCCUUUGAUGAGUUUCCUUGUUUAAAAUGUGACAUGAGUGAGACAUUUUUAGAACAAGGAGAGUUACCGUGGAAAAAAAUUCAUUUUCAGACAUCUACACUACCGAGGAAUAUGUAUCCUCCACAUUUUCCAAAAAGAGAGUAAAAGCAUAAGGGUAAUAAUAAUCUCGCUUCUCUUUUCUAAUUUUAAUUUAUGUACAUUGUUUUCUUUUUUUUGUUUUGUUUUUUGUUGUUGUUGUUGUUUUUUUUUCAGACAUUCCUAUUGACACAAACGUGACGGCAAUUGCCUGUACCGAUGAAGACCUGGGACCAAAUGGAAAUUUCUCUUUUGAAAUUGUCAGCGGAAACUUUGGAAAGAAGUUCAGACUGGACGACAACAGAGUCGUUGUAAAUGAUAGGCUAGAUCAUGAGAACGAACAUGAAUAUAGCUUGGAGAUUCACGUGACAGACCACGGUGUUCAAAAUAAUGUAGCUGUUGUUAUGGUAACAUUGUAUGUAAAAGCUAAAAACGAGUUCGCCCCAGUCUUCCAGCACUCCAACUACACCAUCAAUAUCUCCGAAGCUACAGCAGUGGGUAAGUUUAUUCGAAAAUUUCUUUUUCAAAAUUUCAUGGCAGAAUUGCAUCCAUUGUCCAUUGGCCUGAGAGGAAACAAAAAAUCUAUCGUCUGAAAAAAUCACUACAUUGAAUUACUGACUCAUCACACACGAAGGUCUUUUAAAGAGUAUUAACGCUAGAGGCAACUUACAUAGCAUGGGGAAAAGUGCUUCUGGAAAGGAAGGAAUACAACUGAGUGUUCAAUGAUGGUUUUAUCCAACUUGGACUUAAGGCCAGAAGGAAAUACCGUUAACAGUACAUUAAGUACUCCUUGAUAGUGCUCAACAAGUUUUAUUCGAAUGGCAACACGCUUGGAAUCACUCAUUACCGAUUCAUUAAGGUUAGCCAGCUCUAUGGGCGCGUUACAAAAUAGUCUUUUUUUAGUUCAUUCAUUUAUGAAGAGCCACGCAGAACUAUCUUGCAUCCAGAGCGAGUUUACGUAGACUAGAUAAACGUAGGCCCCGGUUUUAUUGCAUGCAAGAGCUUUAUUUAAACCCUGGAAUUCGAAAUUAAAGGGAAUCAGUGCUAGAACAAUUUGGAAGCGAAGGUUAGCUUUUCUUUGUUUUCCAAACAUUCAUGACUCUGAAUUCUUCAGGUUCUCAAGUAUUUGACGCAAACGCAACCGACUCGGAUCAAGGCCUUCACGGUCAGCUAGAAUAUUUCAUCACCAGCGGUCUGGACGGAGGAAUUGACUUCGUUAUGGACUUACUAGAGGGACACGUUUUUGUGGGGGCUGAAUUAGAUAGAGAAACAAAGGAACUCUAUGUCUUGAACCUUACGGUUAAGGACAGAGCUGAUAAAGAGAGCGACCGUAGAUAUGCUAUUAUGGAGGUUAGUGCAGAUGGGAGCUACUGGUAAAGAUAUAAAAAGCUUGAUUAAACUUUGUAACCAGUAUUUUUGAUGAUGCAGUUUAAUGUUGAGUCUAGGUCCCCGGUCAACGCGUUUUGCGAAGUUCUCGGUAAAACGAAAACUCCUUUUGUACGGGUUCUCAAGGGAGUAGGGCUGGGAAGACGGGUAUUCUGAGAGAUAACAAACAACUGACUCUGUUUACGAUAUGACAGCUUCAACAAAGUGUUCUCUAACUAACAGAACGGAGUGACCUCCAAAGGUAUUAGGUUUGCCUCUCUGGUUGCCAGACGUAAGAAGUUCCAAUACGUUUUGAAAUAAGCAGACAUCAUUUCCUAUGUUGGAAAGCAAGUUUAUCAUCAGUGGUACGUGUUAUUGAAAUCUGUAAACGUACCAACAAGUUUAUUCUAAAUUACUCACAUUACCACCUUCCACCUUACAGUUAAUCAUCCGCAUAUCCGACGAGAACGAUAAUCCCCCGGUCUUCACCCAGGAGAUAUACACUGCCACUAUCCCUGAGAAUGUACCCUCAGGAGUUUUAGUCACUCGUGUUAGCACUACAGACGCCGACAUCGGAAUCAAUGCUGAGCGCACUUUCACAAUCACGGGUACGAAAACAAUAAGAGAAUUUCUUUAAUUAUAGUGCAAAUCAGUAGACCUGGUUAUCGAGUUGAAUCAGUUUUAAAGGAAUUUAGCUUUAGCUACAAGGUCCUCAAAAUAGGCCGGCAAACGGAGCAUUUAACCGUCUAUUCUAGGAAACAAACUUCAGAUUUGUUAAAAAAAUAAAAAAAUAAUAAAAAAAAAAAAUAAAAGAGGCAAUGGACCCACCUAACGACCUUUGUGGCAUUACAGGUGUAAAAGUUUACCGCCUACUUUGCAUCAUAGUCCGGUUACUCAAAAUCUUUAUAGCGACCCAGUAAAUAGUUUUACCUGUUUAAUUACCAAUGAUAAUUCAUUUUGUCCUCUUUUUCAUUUUGUUCGCUGAACUUCAAUUAUUGUUAUCAUUAUUAUCAUUAUUAUUUAUUUUGAUUUAAGGAGGCGAUGGUGUCGGGAAAUUCAGCAUCAACAGUUCAUCUGGCAUGAUAUCCGCUCUGUCAGGUCUGGACCGAGAAACCAAAGACACCUACUACUUGUCAGUCACAGCCCUAGAUGGUGGCACCCCGCCGCUGACCGGUUUGUGUGCAGUGCGCGUGUUUAUCUCGGAUACUAAUGACCACAAGCCCGUUUUCAGUCCGACCCUAUAUCUAACGAGCAUUUCAGAAGCUACACCUACUGGAACUGACGUGAUACCUGUAUAUGCGUACGAUAUGGAUGAGGGAUUAAACGCUGAAAUAGAUUUUUCUAUCGUUGGUGGCGAUCCUAGGAACCAAUUUCAGGUGAGUUUCCUAGGAUGAGUAGAACAUCUCUACUUAAACAAUUAUUUUAAUAUUUUUUUGAAAACGAUGAAAUCUCGACUUGUAAAUUAUCAUGACUACAAGGCCUAACCUAACCUUAGCCUAUUAACCCUUUUAAUCCCAUGAGUGACCAAGACCGAAUUUCUCCUUACAAUAUCAAUACAAUAUCAUGCGGACAAGUGAUGAGAAUAAACCUAAAUACCAAUUAGGAGAUUAUUAGUUGAUCCAAGGACAAAUUCUCCAAACUAACAUCAUUGAAUUGUAAGGCAGAAAGUAAGGAGAAAUACAAGUAAGGUCUUGGGAGUGAAAGGGUUAAAAAGAACCAGAAUUGGUUUUCCGUUUUCAGCAAAUAUUGUAUUUUGCGUUUGAAGUCUUUGUUAUCAGUUGACCUCUCUUUGAACAUGGCUGUGCAAAAGUUUACUUGAAAUUAAAUAUUGAGUUGGAUUAAUGGGACUUUCAUCUCAAUCCAAAAGCGUAUUUGUUAUAUCGUUGUAUAAUCGUUCAUUCUUCUGAUACCCUAAUGAGCGCAUCGAACUGGAAACGAUUCUGCCUUUAAUGCAAUUUACAUUGCUCUCCACCACAGAUAAAUUCUACAGGUGUGAUAAGCAUCAAGAGUUCCUUAGAUCGGGAGGACAUUUCUUUCUAUACCCUGCUAGUUCAAGCGUCAGACCAAGGCACCCCUCCCCUGACAGAAACCGUUUCUGUAAACGUAACAAUCGAGGAUAUCAACGACAAUUCACCGGUAUUUUCUGACAGUAAUUUCACCGUAACUGUGGCUGAAAAUCUGCCAGUUGGCACACGAUUUCUGAAUGUAACUGCAUCAGAUUCUGAUAUAGGGGACAAUGCCCUGCUAGCAUGGUCUAUCGUGAGUGGAAACGUUGGCGACGUCAUGGCCAUCGAUUCAUCCUCGGGGAGGUUAUAUAAUGUGGGUGAGUUAUCAAUGACCAUCGUAAAGACGUUUCCAACUGAUCGUGGACAGUUUAUCUCCAGGAGUGCAUCAGUUUUGCUUUACAACACUCUGUGAUUAGCUUUGAAAUCUCGCACCACCUUUUUUAACCAAUCUAUACAAAGGAGGAAAGUUUUUAAAGAAACUGUGAUGCUGCGUCUGUGCGGUGUUUUGCAAGAUAAUUUGGUUUCAUCUACUGAGUUUUUAAUGAAAAUUUACUGCCGUAAUGAGCCUUUAAAGCUGACGUUUUGAGCAUUAGCCCUUCGUCAGAGCGAAGGGAUGGCUAAUAUCUGUUUGGUUACUCGCUUUGUCUCUGUUUCAGGGAGUUUGCUUGUCUGUAAUUUGAGUUCUCAUUUUGCCUUCUGUUAUGUUUUCCUUCGUGGUGACUUCAAGUUACUUUAUGGUUAGACGUUUUCUGUAGAGCAUCUAAGAAGUAUUCAGGUUAAAUCGAUAUGUUUCUCUACCAUUUCUUCGUUGGCAGGUUCAUUUGACCGUGAGACUACCCCGGAAUACCUCUUGACAGUGAGUGUCGAGGAUGCUGGAAAACCUUCUUUGAACUCCUCAACCAAAGUCACAGUGAGAAUAAGCGACAGUAACGACAACUCCCCCGAGUUCAACGAAGCCGAUUACACCUUCUUCGUCGUAGAAAACCAGGCAAUAGGAACUUUCGUUGGAGAAGUGCAGGCCAAUGAUAAUGAUAACGGCACGCAUGCGCAGCUUGUGUAUUCUAUCGAGUCUGGAGAUGUUAGUGAUCAUUUUUCAAUUAACCCGUCUCAGGGGACCAUUUACACGGCCAAAGUGCUGGACAGGGAAGAUGUUAGGGAGUAUAGAAUUAGUGUUAAAGCUUCAGAUUCGGCUGUAUUUCCAUUUGACCUAUCAAACGUCACGAACGUUUACAUAACAGUCUUAGAUCAGAAUGACAACAGCCCCAGUUUUCCUCAGCCGUUUUAUAAUGCGUCGGUCUUGGAAAAUUCCCAAUCCGGGGUAUCGGUUACAACAGUAACGGCUGAAGAUCCUGACAGUGACGCUAAUGCAGAGUUAACGUAUAGCAUUACCCAUGAAUCUUCAGUAGAGUAUUUUAGUAUUAGUAGUGUGACCGGAGAGGUGUUCGUAAAGAACCUGUUUGACUACGAGGAAGUGAAAUUUGUGAACGUUACAGUUACCGCGGAAGAUAAUGGGAUUGUCAGGCGCAGCGGCUCUGUUUCCUUGAUUGUUUACAUAAAGGAUGCAAAUGACAAUGCUCCAGUUGUUGAAAAAGGUCAGUGCACUAGCCUUGCAGCAGCUCUUGCUGUGGAUAUUCCUGUACUAGUCAACGUACGUAUUUUUUUAACUUCCCUCUUAAAGCUUUUUGUCUCCUAUUUUGGCCAAAUGUUUAGAUAAGAAUAAACAAAAAUAUGUUUACGAGAAUGGUUUAUUAUGGAGAAGAUUUUUGAACGAAAAGGUAUGCAUAAUGGGGUUGAAAAACUUGGUGUCAAGAUAAACAUUGUUCAUCGUUAUCAAUCAUUGUCAUCAACCUUAUUAGGCAAUGGACAGAUCUCAGAUUUUCUUAGAUUGUUUUAAUUCAGCUCGUGGCCGCUUGAUGAUAAAAAGUGUUUAUCGAAACAUCUGUGUUUUUGAGUAAGAAUUCCCUGCUUAAACGAGACUUAUCUUCUUUGUAGUUGUUGUAAAGGAAUGCAAUUCGUUUUCAAAUAGCUCAAUUCACUCUUCUUCGUUUGCGAUAUUCUUGUAACUUCGCAGAUUUCUACGAUGCACUCAUUCGCCAAGACCGAUCGUUCGACUCAGCUCCCAUUGUUACAGUCUCUGCGACAGAUAGGGACUCUGGUGACGCGGGGACUGUGGAAUAUGGCCUGCUGGAACCCUCUUCGGUUUUCACUUUGGGACGCAGCGAUGGCAAUAUUCGCCUUUCAUCAUCUCCUGAGAUCGGUAGAGUAAACUAUUCUCAUAAGUCUUCUGAAGUGAUUCUGAUUGUAAGAUUUCUAAAGAAAAAGAACUAAUUCAAGUCUUUGAUCAGGAACAUGUCUUUGCUCAGAAGACGUCUUUUAUUUUACUCUUUUAUAGGGAAACCAUACGUGCUGCGCCUGCGCGCUACAGACCAAGGCACGCCGCCGCUGACCAGUGGUACCAUUACGGUGCGAAUUGAUGUGACUGAUCCAGAGAACACUAUGGUUGAUCUAGAACUGGAAAUAAGUUUGGAACAAUUUGAGGCAAAUCGUGAGCUGUUUCUAGAGAAAAUAUCUCAGCUUUUGGGAGCUGAAGUAGGGAUUUCAGAGAUCGCUGUUAUUACUGAAGAAUUAAGAAGAAGAAAAAGAGAAACGAAAACUCGGUAAGAGCUAAUUUUCUUGUUUGUACCCGUAUGGUGUCCACUCAUAUUUCCAUGCUCGUACCUAUUUCUGCAUAGCGCUUUUCUUUGCCGUGCGUUUGAUGAGUAACCAUGCGUGUCUUUGGUCUUUCUGGACACCUUCACCAGUUGUCUCAAUUAAUUUUAAUGCCUUAAAAUAAUGUUUUGUAGCCUAAAGUUUGCUCUAGUUAAGUAUUGCAGCUUUCAGUCACUGCUUUUGAGAAACUUGGUGUUUACCUUGAUUCUUUCGAUUUCAUCCAACUUCACUUUUUAUAUUCAUUUUUUUUUCUAGAUUAAAAGUCACCAUAUAUGCUGUAAAAAAUCCAACCGGAAAUACAACAGAUCUUAAUGAGAAAUUAUCGCAUAUCAAAGACUACAUGACGCGAGACGAUAUUCUGAAAGUUCUCCUCGAUGAGGAUGGAAAUCCAAGUACAAACCUGACAAAUGACAAGGAGUUAGAGGUAAAGGGUUGCUACUAACGCCAAGCGCAGAAAUAAUAGCCACUGACUCUAAGCGCAGGAAAAGUUGUUUACUGAUUCCAAGCGCGGGGAAGGUUGCUACUAACUCCGAGCGCGUGAAACCUUUCCCUAAUUCUACUGUGGGAGUAGUUGUUACUGAUUCGAAGCGUGAGAAAAGUUGCCACUUACUUGAAGUGCGGAAAAAGUUGCUUCCGACUCCAAGCACGGAAAAAUUUUAUUCUGACUCCACGCAAGGGAAAAGUUGCCACUGACUCCAAAUGCAAGAAAAGUUGCCACUGACUUGAAGCGUGGGAAAAGUUGCUCCUGACCCCGAGCGCAGGGAAAGUUGCUUCUGACUCUAAGCGCGGGAAAGUUGCCAUUGACUCCAAACGUGGGAAAGUUGCCACGGACUCCAAGCGCGGGAGAUUCAAUUCGUAGUUCAGACCUGGAAUUGUAGGUCUGAGGACGUUGAUUAUUGAAUAAGUUCAUUCGACUUUAAAUCCUCGGUAAAGAGAAGUAUAAACCCUGUACACCCUAAGAUCAGUAUGUACAUUCUCCAUACUGUCCUCAAUACAUUUCCUAAGGUACCAGUAAGGAGAGUUUGUUUGACAAUCCAGAGCUUCUUUACUUGCUGAUGAUUUUCUUUAUUCUCGUGACCUAACUGUGUGAUUCAAGGGUAUUACUGUAGGGAGUAACUAGAUGCUGGUCACUCUCAGGGGUUAAAGUGAUCUAUACUUAAGGAGCUGCAACAGUUAAAGAAAAGAUAUAUAUUCAAUUUAGACAGUUUCCGUUGUACUUGCAAGUAGCGAAGUUUUUGUUCUUCAUUUGUAAUUAGUACACUAUCACCAUAAAGCUCUGUUGAGGGUGAAACUUUUUUCUAGGUGUUUAACAUUCGCACAGUGAAGGCCACUAAACCCACCAUACCAUCACCAAUACCUUUCUUCAAGACAACUGUUGGUAUCGUUAGUCUAGUGUUUGGCUGUUUAAUGGUGUUGGUGGCGAUUGCUUCUGUUGUAUUUUGGAAAAAGCGGGCAAAGAAGAGGUUGGUAGAAAUACCUCAUUUUUCCGAAGUUCAUAAAUACGCGAAAUUUUCUUUACCUUAACUGUUUUUCAGUUAUUUUCUACGCUAACGUCCUAGCCUGUGUUUUUGUUCGUGUUUUUGUUGUAGUUUGUUGGAAUUUCUGUAGUUGGCCCUUCGACGUUGCUGUUUGCACCUGCUAUAUGAAAAACAGCUUACGCUGUCGUAAACUCGCAAUGCGAAACUAAAGUUGUCGACAGCGCAAAUUUCGUUCUUGAUAUCUGAAAUCUCUGUUUACACUGUCGACCGAGCAGUGUUUAAUUUUUACACAUAAUACAUUUUCAUGAUGAUUUAUAUUCUGAUUUUUACAUCGACAGAAUACGAAGACUGGAAUCUCGAGAACCUAAUUUAAGGCCGAAUAGAGGCCUCACAAACAGAGAAGUUGCUUUAUACAAAGGUACGUGUUCCUUUCUUUAGAAAGUGGGCGGCAUAAAUUGUUCCCUAAAAGGGCCUUGAGGACCUUAUAAACUUCUUUUGAUUCAUGCUCCAAUUAAUUUCUGAAUGUGAAGUAGUGAAAAAUUGAUAUCUAAGCUUUCUUCUUUCUAAAGGCAAGGAUAAGCGAAACAAAAUGGUCUCACCUAUCAUGGCGGAAAACCAAGAAAUUGUAAGUAUUCACGAAAGAGAGUCUAACUGUCGAAACGCCAGCUUUUAAAAUUUCUUCUUCUUCUUCUUCUUCUGCGGCCAAUUUACGUUAUUAACUCAGUUGAUAAUACUAAAUUAAGUGUACUGUUACUGCGUCUGUGCGGGAAUCCAUCAGAGUCUAUGUGAAGUUGACCUUGAUUUAGUGGACGGAAAGCUAACCUGGCUAAAACGUUGUACGGCUAAUUGUAAUUUAAUCACCGUAAUUCUUUGUGAAUAUCUUCUUUGCACAGGUUUCUCACAAUGGAAGGCGAUUCGAUGGAAGAGCUGUGGAUCCAGGUAUUUGUAAAGCCUUAAUAAAAACGGUAUUAUUCAUUAUGGUUGAAAAAGAUGUUCAAUGUAUGAUACCAAUAAAAAUGCCAAUACGGAGUUGUGCAAACUACUUAUUACUGCUAGGUGUUCUCAAUGUUCAAGGAGAAUGUUAAACGAGUACUUGGAGGUAAUUAUUUAAUAAGAUCAACGCUUUCAAUUCCCGUUCCCCUCGUACUUUUUGAAACGUAGUUUCGUCAAGGCGUUUGUCUUUCUAAUUAAUUUUUCUUUUCUCAACUAUUUUUCCACAGUGACUGGGAAAGUUUACCUUUUCAAUAAAACAACUGGUGAGCGCAUGUGGCUCGAAGACUUGCGCGAGGGAAGGAAUGGUCCCCAGUCCCUUUAUGGUCACCGUCAAGCGCAUUCGAGGUACGGUGAUCGUCAGUACCACAGAGUGCAGGACUUACCACCACCCCGAGCGUCAAUAGAGAAAAUACACGAAUAUGACCACAGAGGCAAUCAUCUCCAGUUACCAGGAACACCUGAGGGGCAUUCAUAG